GGUCAUUUCAUCCCAUUCCAUCUGCCCGUCAACAAAUAGCGCGACGGCCAUGGCCUAUACUCCACUCAAUAAUUCGCACAACGUCAUCCGGUUGUUACACCUUAAGCGAGCCUCGAAGGAACGGGAUGAAAUCCAAGCCCGAUCCUCGUUAGCCCUGCUUGACGAUCGACCACAGUACGAAGCUUUAUCGUACGCAUGGGGAGAUGCCAACGACACUCGUCCGGUCGAAAUCGAAGAUUGCGGCAUCCCCAUCACCAAGAACCUCUACUUAGCUCUGAAGUAUCUGCGACUCAACAAUCAGGAAAGGGUUCUCUGGGUGGAUGCACUUUACACAUAA